UAAGAAGUAGUCAAUCUAUUUUAAAAUGGAGAAUAAAACUAUUUUCAUGAUAUUUUCUGUAAUCAUGGUUUUGGUAUUGCUUUCUCAUCCAAAUUUAGCUAUUGAAGAGAAUAAUGAUGAGCCACCACUCAUGUCAAAUGACGAGUUUGAUACAGCGUUAUAUGCAACUUCACCAAGUUCGAUCGAAUAUAAUACCAAUAUCUAUGGAAAAACUUCAAAAGAGGAUAUAUAUUAUCUUAUGAAGUGCAGUAAAAAUACGGGAUACAAAACUCGAAAUUCCGCAUUUUUAUGUUUUGAAGAAAUGAUAGCUGAAAUUCUUGUGAACAGACAUGCUUCAAGGGAUUGUUGUGUGGGGGUAGUGAAAGCUGGAAAGCAAUGUUUAAUGGAAUAUAUGAAAUUAUUUUUUCAAAGCUAUUCAUUAAAACAUUAUAAUUAUAAAAGGGUUUCUAGAACUAAUAAAGUAUGGAACAGAUGUUCUACUGAAAUUGGUGCUCUUUCAUCAUAUUCGUGUUAA